GAAAGAGUGAGAGAGGGGAGGGAGAUUUCCAUAGACAGCUAUUUCCCACCUCUGCCCAAGAUGAUGCAGAGCUCGACCGUCACCACGGAAGGGUCUGUCAAGGGGCUCCCGGACAUCCUCGGUGUACCGAUGCAACAGAUCCCUCAGUGUGCCGGCUGCAAUCAGCACAUCUUGGAUAAGUUCAUCCUCAAAGUUUUAGACAGACAUUGGCACGGCUCCUGUCUUAAGUGUGCAGACUGCCAGAUGCAGCUGGCUGACAGGUGCUUCUCCAGAGCGGGGAGUGUCUACUGCAAGGAAGACUUCUUCAAGCGCUUCGGGACGAAAUGCACGGCUUGCCAGCAGGGCAUCCCCCCCACGCAGGUGGUGCGGAAGGCCCAAGACUUCGUUUACCACCUUCACUGCUUUGCCUGCAUCAUCUGCAGCCGCCAGCUGGCCACCGGGGACGAGUUCUACCUCAUGGAGGACGGGAGGCUGGUCUGUAAGGAAGACUACGAGACCGCCAAACAGAAUGAUGACUCAGAAGCUGGCGCUAAGCGGCCUCGGACCACCAUCACAGCCAAACAGCUGGAGACACUAAAGAAUGCCUACAAGAACUCUCCCAAACCAGCCCGGCACGUGAGGGAGCAGCUGUCCUCCGAGACGGGGCUGGACAUGAGGGUCGUGCAGGUCUGGUUCCAGAACCGGAGGGCUAAAGAGAAACGGCUGAAGAAGGACGCUGGACGCCACCGCUGGGGCCAAUUCUACAAGAGUGUCAAAAGGAGCCGGGGAGGCAGUAAACAUGAGAAAGAGAGCUCUGCAGAGGACUGUGGGGUUAGUGACAGUGAGCUGAGCUUCCGAGAAGAUCAGAUUCUCUCAGAUCUCGGCCACACCAAUAGAAUUUAUGGCAACGUGGGGGACGUUGCAGGCGGACAGUUAAUGAAUGGGAGCUUCUCCAUGGAUGGGACAGGACAAUCCUAUCAGGACUUGAGGGACGGGAGUCCUUACGGAAUUCCCCAGUCUCCAUCUUCCGUAUCAUCCUUGCCAUCCCAUACUCCAUUACUCAAUGGGCUGGAUUACACGAUGGACAACCAUUUGGGAAUCGUUGCACAUGGAGGGCAGGGAGUGACCCAGACACUGAGAGUCAUGACUGGGGGGCCCACCUCGGAUAUCUCUACAGGAAGCAGUGUUGGCUACCCAGACUUCCCGACCAGUCCAGCUUCUUGGCUGGAUGAAAUGGAUCAUCCUCCUUUUUAAGUGACUCUGCUCCCUUGUCUAUUCUUCUGGCCUGAGAGUCCAUUCAAGUAUCUAGAGACAAAUAUACUUUUCAUGGAUAACAGAUGCACCACUAUGAAUUUCCAUUAUUUUCAAUGGGAGUUCUCCACUGAUUCCUGGAAGGUUGUAUUGCGAUAAUCCUGGGGUAUUGUUCUAUGGGGGGAAUGGGUGGGAGCAGAGGAUUCCUUCAGGAACAGCAUGGGGAAUGGAUAUGCUUGGCUCUGUGAAGAGGGCCAUAAGGAACGCUGACUCGGUUCUUCCCCUCAUUACCCACACUUAGAAGCUUUGGCUGUUCAUUACUCUGGAAGCUCGUGGGAGUGUGACUGCUCUGGGAACUCCACUUCAGCUGGUGUUUUUCAUUGAAUGCUUCCCAAAUCAUUGCCUUUACCAGGAAAUGAGCUUCUUGUAGCAGACUCAGUGCUCCCUAAAUUAAAAAUUCUUUCUGGGCCAACAUCACCAAAACCUGAGUUUGGAGGUACAGUCAUAUGUUCCCAGAAUCACUGGAAACAAUGAUUGCCAUCAUUUGGUAGCAAAAACACUUUUAUUUUUGGCGUGAAAAGAUGACUUCUCCCCUCUACUUGAUUAUGUCAGUGUAUCCUUGAUUUUAUUUAAACAAACAAAUCCAUGAACAUGUUAUUAGAUUUGUCCUUUGGAGAUGGGAAAUGACUACCUUAUUGACUGACAUCUGGAUAUUUUUUGGUCCCUGAUUGGGAUAAUCUUAUUCACAAAUAUCACUCCCUUUACAAUCAGGCUACAAGUUAGAAAGAUGAAAUGCUAAACUACGGAGCCGACAAUUUAGAAAGACAAUCAGAGGAAAUAAAUGUUGAUGAAGAUAGAUUCUGAAAAUGUAGUCAGCUCAGCCCUAUUGACUAGCAUAAGAUUUACUUGGAGGGACAGUAAUGCAAAGAGGCAAAGAGGCAGUACUAUAUUUAAUACAUUUUGAGUUGAGAUUUUAGGGUACCUUUGUGGGUAAACCCCAUUUAAAACACGAGCCUUUUGCAACACUAAAGAGCCAUGCUGGUCCUUUUACAUAAAUGUGAUUUGUUCAAUGUUUCACAAUUAGGUUGGCAUCCUAAAAGUGAUAGAAUGUGAAUGCUCUGUUAAAUCUUGUAUUUCAUGGGGGAUAGAAUAGGACUCACACAUGUAACUGUCACUAAAAGACCCAAAGAAACCUAGCUUGUAAUUACAUCCAUUUCUUUUGAGGGUUCCUGACUGUUGCACUAAUGCAGUAUAUCAUUAGAAUUAUAUCUGGGCUCAUCCUAGGUAAGGUUGUUCAUCUGCCAGAUAUAGAAUUGAAAGCAUCCCUAGGAUAACCUGGUCUUGCAACAGCACAACAUAAAUUAGCAGAAAAGGGAAAGAUCAAAUCCUGCUUUAUAAGAACCCCAGCCCAUGGUAGACACCAUUGUGAAGAAAUGGCGGCUUCCUGACUUGCUUAUUGAUGAUAAAGCUCUUCAUAUGUGAGUUGAAAUUCUUUUAGAUGGUUUCCUAACUAUCAGCUCAGGAGACAAGGGACAUCACCCCACUCACUCCCAUCUCCCCAUUUGGUGAGUGUUUCUGGCUGCUUCAUACCUGCUACACAUUCUAGACAAAAGAAAGCAAUAAGACAUAGUUUUGUUCGGUGUUAACCCAGGGACCAAGAACUCCACAAGCUCUUUCUUAUCUGAAUGGCUCUUCUAGGGUAGAUUACCCAUGGAGGCAGUUGGAAGGCUGGGAACCUAGUUCUGAAUCCUGACUUGCUAUCACCGGUGGCAAAUGACUAACUCUGACUUCCCUUUCCUCAGUUAUAAAAUGAGGGGGUUAUAAUAGAUGACUUAAUAAGUCCCUCCCAGCUCUAUAACUAUGAGCCUAUGACAGAAAGAAAAUGGACAUGUGGGAGGCAGAGGUCCAAGUCCUUUUUGUGUCAUGAGCCGAGCCCAUUUAACAGUCUGGAAAAGUCUACAGGUCCCUCCUCAGAAUGAUGUUUCCUAAUGUAUAAAAUAAAACACACAAUAUCACAAAGACAGCCAAUUAUAUUAAUAUAAUUGUCAAAAUACUAAAAAAAAAAAAAUCCUCUUUCAUGGGCCUUAUGUUGAGAAUCCCUAAGUCUAAAAAGAAAUAAGCAGGUUUAUCCUUUGCUGCCGUAUUCUUUAAAAACUCCUCUUACCAUAGCCCUUGUGACUGUUGAAAGCAGGUCAUAUCCAUAUUAUGUAGGAAUACUUGUUCUCCAAGGUCAGGGGCCAAAUGUGCUAUUGUCUCAAUGGUUAUUUUUUUUUUUUGAUGGGGGGGAGGGAGGAGGCAAGUCGGGGAAUAGAGGGGGCCUGCAAAAGACAUUAUUCCUUAGAUUCUAUGUGCACCAAUGAUGUGUUUUACACUGAGAAUUUCUAAGCAAUGUGGACACCUAGUUUUUGUUUUUUUCUCCUUUUUGUAAAACUGAACUUUGGCUGCCACGUUUUUAGAAUAGUAUAGCAAAAGGGAAACCCUGAAUAUCUUUCACAGUCCUUAGCAGGUUGCAAAGGUUGUGUGAGCUGGAAGCAAAGGCCCAAGGGCCCAGAUUUCUUCAACACUGGCACCAGGGAUUUCCUUUAAUGUUCCAAGAAUCAAUUUUUUUUCCAGAGCUAAUUAGCACAAUUUGGAAAACCAACUGGGAUGGGGUUAAAGCAAGCCUCACAGUAGCACCAAACCUAGUAGACUGCCAGUUUUGCUAGUUCUUCAAAUCUGCUCAGCUCACCCUCUCUUAAAACCCACAGAAACACCCUAAGGAAAUAGUGCAAGUUUAGGGGGCACUGGCAGGGCAGCCUGUUCCUCUUUUGAUUUAUGGAACUUCCUGGAAGUUAAUUUAUUCAUCAUGGCAUCUUUUGCUCAGAAAUUCUCACGAAGAAACAAGGAAAAUUUAAAAAACUGAUAGGUUUAAAAAAAAAAAACUAUUUAGGAGGCAUGGUGAAGUCAUCUUGUUUUUCAAAGCACAUGUUGGUAGCCCAUCCAAAAAAAAAAAAACCAAAAAAAACCAUGGUUAGUUAUGUGUUUCAAAUAGAUCUCCUUUCUGGUGAGCUGCUGUUGCAAUAGAUACGAAGGUAUCACUUUAUGUCCAUCCAAAUAUACUUAACUUUUUCAGUUAUUGUAGGAUAGAGCUUCUAAAUCGUCUUUGUGUAAUGGACCCCUUCAAUAAUUUGAUGCAGUCUAUGGACCCCUUCUCAGAAGGAUGUCUUUAAAUGCAUAAAACACAUUGGAUUACAAAGCAAACCAAUUAUGUCAAAGGAACUAGCAAAAAUAAUUUUUUUUAAGUUCAAAGACCCCAGGUUAAGGAGCCUUGUACUUAAGGGAAAGAAUGGGAGGAAGGGCUAAUAAGAGGCAACAUUCUGAUUUUCUUAUAGACAGAAGUCUAUGGUUUAGCAGCUUGUUCUUUUCUAAGAUGUUAUAUUGUUGAAAAUUCUUCCCUUGCUUACACAAUAGGACUGAUUUUUUUUUUAAAUCAAAGGGAUACCAUCCAAAAAUGUUGACAGUAUUUAGCCCUGUUCUUUGCUCCAAGGGAACAAUUAAUUACCUAGUGCCCAUCAUCUUCAGCAUUUAGCUAAUGGUCUACAUAGAAAGUUUGGCACUUACUUAUUAAACUCCAGAAGUUUCCAAUGGGUGGAU